AUGCUACGGUCGAAGUCCAUCUCCGCGAUUUUGCUACCCUUGAGCUUUCUUAUUAGUGUAGCUCAAGCAUGGCCUCAGUUUCUGUCUAAACCAAUAACCAUCGGCUAUGCUACCGUUACCCCAGACGUGGCUGAGCGCAUCAACCAACAGGAUGGCAAGCUAUAUGUAAGGAGAUCAUUCUACGAGAAACCACUAGGAGAUGGCUUUUAUCUGGUAAACGACCCCCUUACCUGGGAAGGUGUUCAUAACAGUUGGUAUUGUGCUAUCACAGCGAAAAAGAGUGCAUAUAAACGAUUAGAUAAAACCUUCGUCCCGAGAACCUAUUGGAACCAACCCGAAAGCGCCAUCGUGGAUUACCUCAGGUCAACAACUUGGGUAACAAAUGCUGAGACAGCGCUGAGGUUUUCAUGGAUUGAGGGUAACAAUUGGGCGCUGCAAAUGCUUAUUCCAAAGAUUGUGAUAGAGGAAGAUCUCAUGGGGUUGCGGGCUAAAUGUUUCCAAUCAAGACAGGAGAGGAAUCAACUUACAGAAGAAUUUAUUAAGUGGGACGAUGCGUCGCUCAAAGGUGAUCGUGGACCACGGCACCCUCCUGAUCGGCCGAGCCGUUCAUAUUGGGGUUGA